CCUCUCCAUUCCCAACCCCCGCCCUAUAUAAACCUCACUUAGCCUCUUGCUAGGGCGAACAAGCUCGACCGCUCUUCUCGCUUGGUCCCCAUUGCCCUCCCCGAUCUCCCUCCUCGAUCCCCAGUUCUCGUACGUACGAGGUUACAAUGAGGGAGAUCCUACACGUCCAGGGAGGGCAAUGCGGUAACCAGAUCGGCGCAAAAUUCUGGGAGGUUGUGUGCGAUGAGCACGGCAUAGAUCCGACCGGGCGGUACACAGGCUCCUCUGAUCUGCAGCUUGAGCGAGUCAAUGUUUACUACAAUGAGGCCUCGUGCGGCCGGUUUGUGCCGCGUGCUGUGCUGAUGGAUCUGGAGCCUGGGACGAUGGAUAGUGUUCGCACGGGCCCUUAUGGCCAGAUCUUCCGCCCGGAUAACUUCGUCUUCGGACAGUCGGGGGCCGGAAACAACUGGGCCAAGGGGCAUUACACGGAGGGGGCUGAGCUCAUUGAUGCAGUGCUUGAUGUUGUGAGGAAGGAGGCUGAGAACUGUGACUGUCUCCAAGGUUUCCAAGUAUGCCACUCUCUUGGUGGUGGGACUGGAUCUGGUAUGGGAACACUGUUGAUAUCAAAGAUCAGGGAGGAGUACCCUGACCGCAUGAUGCUUACAUUCUCAGUUUUCCCAUCCCCCAAAGUUUCUGACACAGUGGUCGAGCCUUAUAAUGCCACUCUUUCUGUCCAUCAGUUGGUCGAGAAUGCAGAUGAAUGCAUGGUCCUUGACAAUGAGGCUCUUUACGAUAUUUGCUUCCGGACUCUCAAGCUUACUACUCCUAGCUUUGGAGACUUAAAUCACCUGAUCUCGGCCACGAUGAGUGGGGUCACGUGCUGCCUGCGCUUCCCUGGCCAGCUGAACUCCGACCUCCGGAAGCUCGCUGUCAACCUGAUCCCCUUCCCCCGCCUCCACUUCUUCAUGGUCGGCUUCGCUCCCCUGACCUCCCGCGGGUCCCAGCAGUACCGUGCCCUCACCGUCCCCGAGCUCACUCAGCAGAUGUGGGAUUCCAAGAACAUGAUGUGUGCUGCUGACCCCCGCCAUGGGCGCUACCUCACCGCCUCCGCCAUGUUCCGCGGCAAGAUGAGCACCAAAGAAGUCGAUGAGCAGAUGAUCAACGUCCAGAAUAAGAACUCUUCCUACUUUGUGGAAUGGAUUCCCAACAACGUGAAGUCCAGCGUGUGCGACAUACCGCCCACAGGGCUCUCCAUGUCUUCCACCUUCAUCGGUAACUCGACUUCGAUUCAGGAGAUGUUCCGAAGGGUGAGCGAGCAGUUCACGGCAAUGUUCCGCAGAAAGGCCUUCUUGCAUUGGUACACCGGGGAGGGGAUGGACGAGAUGGAGUUCACCGAGGCAGAGAGCAACAUGAACGACCUCGUCUCGGAGUACCAGCAGUACCAGGAUGCCACUGCCGACGAGGAGGGCGAGUACGAGGAUGAGGAGGAGACGGCGCAGGAGGAAAUGUAAAGACCGCGAGGAGUAGUAGUAAAGUAGUAUUUGCUCUUACCUCUGCUGGAUUUGGUGCUAUGCUUGUUGUUUUGUUGCUGUUCCAUGCCAAUCCCUCAUCAUGGGGAUUGCCCCUGUUACUGUUUCGUAUUUUCGCCUUAUCUGGAUGCCGUUUGAGCUCUUAAUAUUGUAUUACCGAAUGUUUGUGACAUGUUGUCUCAAUUAAACUCCCAUUGAGUCGUCGAGCAUUUCUGAUAAAAGUGGUAGAUGUUGUCGAUGAUUGUUUAUCCUUGUGCUAUUCAUUUUGUGAUCAUCACAUGAAAGUGGAUCUUGCAUCUUAUUCUCAAUUAACUCCCAUUGAGUCGUCGAGCAUUUCUGAUAAAAGUGGUAGAUGUUGUCGAUGAUUGUUUAUCCUUGUGCUAUUCAUUUUGUGAUCAUCACAUGAAAGUGGAUCUUGCAUCUUAUUCACU